ACAUCGUCCCUACCAUUUAUUAGACAUAUAGUGAAAGCUAGCUAGCUAAUAGUAUUUCAACCAUAUAUUGCCAUGGAGAAAAUGCAGAGAAACUCAUGUUGACUCAUCACAAUUCCCUUAACCUUCCCUCUAAUAUUCCUCUUCUGCAUUCUAACACGCCUACAUCGUUUCUGCUACCGAAUGGAAACUAAGUUGUGAAAUCAUGGGCAUAUUCAGAUGUGGGGCCUUGUUUUUCUAUGUGCUCCUUUUGUUUAGAACCUGCCUGGCCAAAGAUCAACAUGUUAGUCAGAUAUAUCCUGGCUUCAGUGCAUCUCAGCCAGAUUGGAGCGACCAUAAUGGUUUUUUCUUGCUAUCCAACAGCUCGGCGUUCGCUUUUGGGUUCUUCACCACUCUUGAUGUUUCAUCGUUUGUUCUAGUUGUCAUGCACUUAAGCAGCUACAAAGUGGUUUGGACUGCCAACAGAGGCUUACUUGUUGGGACUUCUGAUAAAUUUGUGCUUGACCGUGAUGGGAAUGCAUAUUUGGAAGGUGGGAAUAGUGUAGUAUGGGCAACAAAUACAACAGGACAAAAAAUAAGAUCUAUGGAGUUGCUUGACUCAGGGAAUUUGGUGUUGCUUGGGGAAAAUGGGACAGCUAUUUGGCAAAGUUUUAGCCAUCCCACUGAUACUCUUUUGCCCAGACAAGACUUUGUGGAUGGAAUGACGCUCAAAAGCUUCCACAACAGCUUGAACAUGUGUCAUUUUCUUAGUUACAAGGCAGGUGAUUUGGUUCUCUAUGCAGGAUUUGAAACUCCACAAGUGUACUGGUCCCUAUCAGGAGAACAAGCUCAGGGAAGCUCAAGAAAUAACACUGGUAAGGUUCACUCAGCGUCUUUGGUGUCCAAUUCAUUGAGUUUUUAUGACAUAAAUAGAGCUUUGCUGUGGAAAGUUGUCUUCUCUGAGCACUCAGAUCCCAAGUCAUUGUGGGCUGCUACCUUGGAUCCAACUGGUGCAAUCACUUUUUAUGAUCUUAACAAAGGGAGGGCUCCAAACCCUGAGGCAGUUAAGGUACCACAAGACCCUUGUGGCAUUCCUCAGCCUUGUGAUCCUUAUUAUGUUUGCUUCUUUGAAAACUGGUGCAUCUGUCCCAAACUUCUCAGAACUCGCUUUAAUUGCAAACCUCCCAACAUCUCCACCUGUUCUAGGAGUUCAACAGAACUUUUAUAUGUUGGUGAAGAGCUUGAUUAUUUUGCUCUCAAGUACACUGCUCCGGUUUCAAAAUCAAACCUGAAUGCUUGCAAAGAGACUUGUUUAGGAAACUGUUCAUGCCUUGUGCUUUUCUUUGAAAACAGUACCGGAAGAUGCUUUCAUUUUGAUCAGACUGGGAGUUUCCAACGCUAUAAGAGGGGUGCCGGUGCCGGUGGUUAUGUUUCGUUCAUGAAGGUCUCCAUUAGUAGUGCUAGUGAUGAUGGACAUGGCAACAAAAAUAGAAGGAAUGACGCGGUGCUAGUUGUUGUCAUAGUAGUUCUCACAGUUCUGGUUAUAGUUGGUCUUAUAAUGGGAUUCUGGUACUUUUACAAGAGGAAGAAGAAUGUUGCUAAGUAUCCUCAAGACGACUUGGAUGAAGAUGAUGAUUUCUUGGACAGUCUCUCUGGGAUGCCCGCACGUUUUACUUUUGCUGCUCUUUGUAGAGCAACUAAGGACUUUUCCACAAAAAUUGGGGAAGGAGGUUUUGGCUCAGUGUAUCUAGGUGUGCUUGAAGAUGGCACCCAGUUGGCUGUGAAAAAAUUGGAAGGUGUUGGACAAGGUGCAAAAGAGUUUAAAGCAGAAGUGUCCAUAAUUGGAAGUAUUCAUCAUGUUCAUCUUGUCAAACUCAAAGGGUUCUGUGCCGAGGGUCCUCAUCGCCUUCUUGUCUAUGAAUACAUGGCAAGGGGUUCUUUGGACAAAUGGAUCUUCAAGAACAGUGACAACACCUUCUUGUUGAACUGGGACACGAGGUACAACAUUGCAAUAGGCACGGCUAAGGGAUUGGCCUAUCUCCAUGAGGAGUGUGAAGUGAGGAUUAUCCACUGUGAUAUUAAGCCGCAAAAUGUUCUUCUUGAUGAUAACUUCACUGCUAAGGUUUCAGAUUUUGGAUUGGCUAAGCUAAUGAGCCGUGAGCAGAGCCAUGUGUUCACAACUCUAAGGGGUACAAGGGGUUAUCUAGCACCAGAAUGGAUAACUAACUAUGCAAUUUCGGAGAAGAGUGAUGUGUUCAGCUAUGGCAUGCUAUUGCUUGAGAUAGUUGGAGGGAGGAAGAACUAUGAUCAAUGGGAAGGGGCAGAAAAAGCGCAUUUUCCUUCUUAUGUGUUCAGAAUGAUGGAUGAAGGGAAACUGAAAGAGGUUCUUGAUCCAAAGAUAGAUAUUGAUGAGAAGGAUGAAAGGGUUGAGGCUGCUCUUAAAGUUGCUCUUUGGUGCAUACAAGAUGACGUGAGUUUGAGGCCUUCCAUGACUAAGGUAGCUCAGAUGCUUGAUGGUUUGUGCCCUGUACCUGAUCCCCCCUCAUUAUCUCAAUCUGGUACUUAUUCAGCUUUCAUGAAAUUGAGUAGUGGAGAAGCUACUUCAUCGGGACAGGCUAGUUUUUUUAGUAAUGUACCCAUGUCAUGUGUUCAAUUAUCAGGACCAAGAUGAGAUCAAGUACAAGUAGCUAGAUGAAUCAUGCAUAAGUACUUUUUUUAUGUUUAAUUUCAAUUAUAUGAACGUUUCCAAUUUGUUUGGCAGUUUUGGUCUUGUCAUUGUGAUUAGAUUUAGAAAUCCUUUGGAAUUUUGAACUUAUCUUUGAUUUGUCUGGUGA